AUGAAGUCUGUCCUCGGCCUCUCCGUGCUGUUUGUGUGGGGCUUGUCCCCAGCCCAGGGGAGCCUCUUGCAGCUGCACCAGAUGAUCUCAAAAGCGACAGGGAAAAACGCUUUUCUGCAUUACGGCUUCUACGGCUGCUACUGCGGCCUGGGGGGCAAGGGGCAGCCCAAGGAUGCCACAGACAGAUGCUGCCAGCUGCACGAUACUUGCUACCAAAACCUCCUGGAGCACCGCUGCAAUGCCAAGACACAGUGCUACCGCUACAGCUGGCACCAUGGCAGGCUCUCCUGCAGACCUGGCUCUCGGUGCUCCUACUUGUCCUGUGAGUGUGACCGCAGCCUGGCGCUGUGCCUGAGGAGAAACGUCAGCAGCUACAGGAAAAGCUAUCAAUUCUACCCCCAAAUCCUGUGCUGCUGA